AUCUUUUAAUGCCAUUCUAUCAAGAUGAUGUUGAAGACUUUUAUCUGUGUGACACUCUGUUUAAAUUUUGUUAGGGCAGACGAUCUAGUAGUAAGAACUUUAAAUGGAGAAGUACGUGGACGAAUGGAGUACUCCUUGAGGAAAACAGGAGUUCCAUUUUAUGCAUUCCAACAAAUACCGUACGGAAAAGCUCCGGUUGGUGAUUUAAGAUUUAGGGAACCACAACCUGCUGACUCGUGGAAUGAUGUGUUCGAUGCUACAAAGAACACAAAAGUUUGCUAUCAGGUUUGGAAUUGGUUUGGUAGUUUGGAAGAUAUAGAAACGGAAGAUUGUUUGUUCCUUAAUGUCUACACACCCAAAAAACCAGUUCAUGAAAAGAACCUUCCUGUACUGGUAUGGAUAUAUGGAGGAGGAUUCGUUGCCGGCGCUUCCAACUUUGAACAAGCAGGACCUCACUAUUUUAUGGAGAAUGAAGUAAUGGUGGUAACUAUCAGUUAUCGUAUUGGUCCUUUUGGCUUCUUGGCGACAGAUGAUUUAUCCAGUCCAGGAAACUACGGUCUUAAAGAUCAGAGCCUUGCACUAAAAUGGAUCCAAAAUAACAUUGAAUAUUUUGGUGGUGAUCCCAAUAGGGUAACGAUUAUGGGAACUAGUGCUGGAGCAGCUUCAGUGACGUACCAGUUGAUGAGUCCAAAGUCUAGGGAUCUCUUCUGGGCAGGUAUAGCUGGAAGUGGAUCGCUAUUAACACCAUGGGCGUAUCAAAAAGACUCUAAGGCUAUCGCAUAUAAAUUAGCAGAGUUUAUUAAUCCAUCAUUCGAUCCAUCUGCAUCAACUGCUGAACUAGUCGCUUACUUAAGAUCUGUUCCUGCUGAUGUCUUAAACAACGCUUCUUCAAGGGCUAUUUGGGACAGCCUUGGCAACGAAGAAAUCAUCCAAGGAUUUUUCUAUGCUCCUGUUAUUGAACCGGAACAUGAAACUGCUUUUAUUACAGAACAUAUGUAUACGGCUGUUGAACAAGGAAAAAUGAAUCGGCUUCCAUUAAUGAUUGGUAUCGAGAGUGAAGAGGCUCUAGGCAGAACUCUGGGUGAAAACUGGGCAGCAGGACUUCCCAGCUUCGACGAUGACGUUAAACUCCUUGUCAACCAUAAUAUGCGCAUAAGUGAUAGCAAAACUCUAGAAGAAGUUGGUCAGAAAAUAAGAAAAAUUGUAACGCAUGGAUUGUUGCAAAAUGAUUACGCAGGAGCAAUCAGGUAUUACAGUGACAUGUCAUUUAAUAGACCCAUCAUCCGUCAUGGUGAAUUGCAAUCAAAGUUCAGCGACGUUUAUUUCUAUCAAUUUUCCUAUGAUGGUAAACUAGGCGGUACGAAGAACUAUAUAGAAGGCGCAGAACGCGUACAACAUUCUGAAGACACCAAUUACUUUUUGGUCUAUGGAAAUUGGUCCGUUUUGGACACUCUCCCCCCAGAAGAUAUUCUCACUAGCGAAAGGUGGAGAUUGUUGAUUACUAAUUUUGCUAAAUACAGGAAUCCAACUCCCGAAGAGAGCGAAACCUUGCAAAAUAUAAUCUGGCCCAAAGUACAACCACACAACUUUGUUUACCUAAACCUCAAUAAUUCUUUGUCCAUUGUACAGGAUUACCCAAAGAGUAAUACUUAUCACAAGUGGGUAAAAUUGUAUGAGAAGUAUGCCCAAAAACCAUAUAUUAACUUUUAGGAACAGAUUGCUUGUUGUAUUUAUUUCUUAAAUAAAUGUUUGUUGUUGUACUGAUUUGUGAAUUAUUUCAGAUGUGGACUGAUAGUGAAAAACUAUCGUUUAAUAUUUUUAUAAAUUCCGGUUAUAACUAGGACAUUAAAAUAAUCAAUAUAAUACGUGUUUAUUUCUA